UUCUGCAGUGAGGACUGGAACUUGGUCUACUUCCUUGGAGUCAUGUAAGGAAGUAGAGUCAUGUAAGGAAGUAGACCAAGUCUACUGUACUUCACACUGCUCUGGUGUCGCAACAAACGACCAAUCCCAGAAUUCCAAAGCAUUAAACCAUAGCAGUUAAAGUGGUGACAAACUGGAUUAUUUAUGCAGUGCAGAUGCAGCCACAGUGGAAUAUGUUGACCCAGAGGGUGGUGGACUCAUUUUCAUAGGAGGCCUUUAAACAAAGUUUGGAUGUGUGUCUUUCAAGAGUGCUGUAGCUGUGUAUUCCUGCAUGGCAGGAAGUUGGAUUAGAUUGUCCUUGCAAUCUUCUCCAACUUUGAUUCUAUGACUCUAUUAUCUAUAAGAGCUUAUGCUAAAAUUGAUCAGCUAGUCUUAAAGAUGCUGCUGGAUUCCUUCAUCCCCCACCUCCUGCCUUUUCCACCUUGAAACAAGUGAUCUGCUGGAGUGAUUUGUCCAUAAAAGUCUGUACUUUUUCCUACAUUAAUGUUAAAGUGAACAAUGGCCAGGAUAGGACUGUGAAUUUUACCGUGAGUCUUUAUGAAUGUAAUAUUAGUCUUGUCAGUAUCUCCUUCCUUAGGACACAGGAUAUUAGUAUAUGUUAACUGCUUUUUUUUAAACUUUUGCAGAUAUAUUUAUAACUUUAUAAAGUCUUUUUCUUUCAGGAGUGUCGGAUUGCACAUCCCAUGGUGAAGUGUACUUACUGUAGAACUGAAUUCCAGCAAGAAUGCAAAACCAAUACAAUAUGCAAAAAGUGUGCUCAGAAUGUAAAACUUUACGGAACGCCUAAACCCUGCCAGUACUGCAACAUAAUUGCUGCAUUUAUUGGUAACAAGUGCCAGCGUUGUACAAAUUCUGAGAAGAAAUAUGGACCACCUCAUUCCUGUGAGCAGUGUAAACAACAGUGUGCCUUUGACAGGAAAGAUGACAGGAAAAAAGUGGAUGGGAAGCUACUUUGUUGGCUUUGCACACUAUCCUAUAAAAGAGUAUUACAGAAGACCAAAGAGCAACGUAAACAUCUGAGCACCUCGUCCCGUACAAACCUGACAGAGAAGGAACAGUACAGCCGACUUAGCAGCAGCAGCCACUACAGGCAGAAAACAUUAUCUACAUCAUCUAUUCAGAAUGAAAUUCCAAAGAAAAAGUCCAAGUUUGAUACCAUAUCAACCAAUGGGGACAGCGUUCCUUCCUCUCCCGAGAUGCUUUGCCCCCCUAUCCAGAGUGCCCCGUCCGUGUUGGUGCAGUGGGCUGCUUCCCAACAGAGUCUCGGUGCCCAUGAUUGUCCUGUUUCUCAAGGCACUGACAUCCUGAAUUUUUCUCCAGACCUGGCCUUGGACUCUCCUGGCACUGACCACUUUGUCAUCAUAGCUCAGCUGAAAGAAGAAGUGGCAACUCUGAAGAAAAUGCUGCACCAGAAGGAUCAGAUGAUACUGGAAAAAGAGAAAAAGAUAACUGAACUGAAGGCUGAUCUGCAAUACCAGGAGUCACAGAUGAGGGUUAAAAUGAACCAAAUGGAAAAGACUCACAAGGAAGUCAUGGAACAAUUGCAGGCCAAGAACAGAGAGCUCCUGAAACAAGCUGCAGCUUUAUCAAAGGGCAAAAAAACAGAAAAGUCAGGUGCAAUAACUUCCCCUUAAACACUAGAAGAGAAUUUCUCCCAUAUCAUGGAGUCCUUUGGCUACAAACCCAUAGCUCAACAGGUUCAACUGGAUUCUUUCCAGAACCUCACUUCAAUACUUAUUGAUCUGAAUGCAAUGAAAAUCUCUGUGCGUGCCCAUUCAGUAGCAUGCUUGCCUGUUGAGUUUUAAUAUUUUGUUUUUCCUGUCAUAAUACAAUAAUGAGGGUGGUUUGAAGUGCAUCUUCCACCCCCCACCCCCAUCCUUCUAAGCCCAUGAAUUGACAGUAUAGAGAAUUUUCUCAUUCAUUUUUAUUUUAGCUGCCAUUGAAUUGGACAGGACAGAGGGAUUGUGUCCUCCACAGUCUUUGUGGCUUUUUCUUAAACCAGUUAUUUAGUUAUAGGAGCCAAUUUUAGUACGUUAGUUACAUUCAGAAUUUUAAAGAGAAAUUUUUAAAUGCUCCUUUCUCGUGUAAUGCUUUUAUGUAGUUCUUUAAAACCUCAGUACCAUUUCUCAAACAUUUCUCUUCAGUCUGUAGAAUUGUGUGUGAGAGGAUGCUGUUUAAAUCAUCAGUGGUCCCCCUAAAUCCUAGAGGAUUAAUUGUCUUUUAACAGGAUAAUUGGGGACAUUAAUUUGGAUGUACGUUGGGAUCAUUAACUGGAUUUUUCUUAUCCUGGUUUAUCUACCAGUAUACUGAUCACUGAUUGGGAGGUAACCUAUCCUAUUGUGCUAGCUUACAUGGCAUUGUUUUUUAGAGCUAGGCAUUUCUGUGAUCAAGAUUAGUAAAUUCUUACUAGAAUCAGAGGUAGGGUGAGAGAGUUCUCAGAAAAUAUGGAGUUAAUUUUUUGUGUUUUCACAACAAGACACAAUUAUGCAGUGUUUCAAGGGAGCUGGACAUGGAAUGGUUGUCAUGGAAUGUGACCAUGCAAAAGAUGUUUGAAGAGUUCUAGGAAAGGAGAGUGGAUGUUCUCCAAAACAAUCAUGACUUCACAAGAAAAAAAGAAAUGGUUUAGGGUAUGUAAGGUCAAAAGAGAGUCUUUCUGUGGAGAGAUGAAAUGAGAAUAAUUUUACUGGUUGGUGAGAGCUUCUCUCAAGGCGUAUUUUGGGAAAUAGCAAGAAUUCAAACAUCCGCUGAAAUCACAAGUAGUUUCUGACCAGGUUACUGCUUACAGAACCACAUCUGAAGAGAUGGCUCAGGUGAGAAAUACACACACAGGUACACAAAGCAAUGCAAAAUUUGCCUUUUUAAAAAUGAAAGGACUUCUGCUGCAACUGAAUAAAAGGAUGAUUUUCUUCAAUACUACUUUGAAGAACUACAUGCCUCAAACAGAAAAGAAAAUAUACUGAAAUUUCCAAGUUGUGGGUUAUUUAUUUUUUACUUUGUUUUGCUUUAAAAAAAAGACUGGACAUGUUAGAAUCUCACAGAAAGUAAAGCAGAAACCUAAUUUUUAUACUUGAAACAUUUUUAGGAGAAACUGGUUCAUAGAAAUUUAACUGGGGUUGGUUUUUAGCUUCCUCAGUCAAGAAAAAUUAAAGACAAGGGUUUGCCUGUAAACAGCCUUUUUUUCUUAAUUGUGACAACUGAUCAUGCAUUAAAAGUGGCUGAUUUAUAGUGAUGCUGUUCUUUUCAUUAUAUAUUUGUAAUAUUAGUGGUGUUCAAAGAGAUUCUUUGAUUUGUACAAAAGAAGUGUAAACUUAACAAAAAACGGUUUGGGGGAGGGUGGGAUCUCUCAGUGGUUUCAUGUUUUGAUAUUUUCUCUAUGUCUUGGUUUGAGUCAGCAUUUUUCCUAAUCCACAGGCCAUUGGCGUGAAGCAUAAAGAACAUUUGGUGCUAUGAUGGAAUUUGAUGUAUGUACAGGAUUAAACAGUAUUUUCUGUAAUUAA